AUCUGACGUAUUCGGAUAUAUCGAUUUUGAGUUUGCCGCUGAAUCAUUGGUGAUUAUUGCGCCCUAACUCGAAUUCCAAGAGCUCCAUCGCGUCAUUCGAAGGACUAUAUCACUAGGAGAAAGGCUCCAUUCAUAUACUUAGCUAGAUUGAUUUGAGUGCGGCUCGCGACAGCUGACCGUUCCAGGAUCUUUGCUAGGGAACAGAGUCGAGAGCAACUGGCGUGAAUUGAAUCACUGACCUGCGCCUUUUAUCUGAGACAAGCCAUUCACUGUUACCCCACUUUUGCGCCAAAGUACUUCCGAAACCCCAUCCGUGUUACCAGCAAUCGGCUGAUUGGAAAGAGCCACCCGAGAAAUAAGACCAAAUGGCCACUGCAACUUCUGGCCUGCGUUCCCCGGGACACCAUGAUCCCUCCGACCUUGAGAACGGUACGACCAGCAAAGAUCAACGCCGCAAUUCCUCUUUAGGUUUCCUCCGUCGUCCCAAGUCCAUCGAGCCACUCAAGAGCAAGAAGAAUUCCAAGCUCCAAGCCACCGAAGAGGAACUCCGUCGACAGGGAGCCAUGCUGAAGCAACCGCCCCGUCUGCCCUCCCUGUCUCCCGCCCCAAUUCUGGAGAGUUUUGGAGGUGAAGAGCGAGACCAUGCCAAUACCGCUGCCACUCCUUCAAACAGUAACCCCUCGCCCCAACUACAACAACCUCCCUCUCGCAACUCGAUGAGCACCGACUACGACCCGUACGCACGGACAGAAAGCAUGACGCACCGUGGGCGUUAUAGCUACGCCAGUAGUGCCGUGAGUACCGUGAAUAAUCCGCGGAGGCUACGUCGGCGCAAGGAUCCUACUCCGUACAACGUCCUUGUCAUUGGCGCCCGUAAUUCCGGAAAAACCGAGUUUCUGAAUUUCCUGAAGAAGGCUUUGGCCAUGCCGGCCCACAAGCAUCCCUCUCGCCCCGCCGAGGAAAUGGAAUACCAAGAUCGGAAUGCGCCUGCCAACCAGGGCUACACCUCUGAGUAUCUCGAAACGGAAAUCGAUGGGGAACGCGUGGGGCUAACGCUGUGGGACUCUCAGGGAUUUGAGAGAGACAUCGUCGACAUCCAGUUGCGUGGCGUGACCGGCUUCCUGGAAAGUAAAUUUGAGGAGACCUUGAGUGAGGAGAUGAAAGUCAUUCGUUCGCCUGGAGUGCGGGACACUCAUAUUCACUGCACGUUCCUGCUCCUCGACCCCGUGCGCCUGGAUGAGAACAUCGCGGCCGCAAAAAGAGCCGCCCAAGGGACCCCCAAGGCUUCCGACUCGCCAGUCAUUGGCGUUUUAGAUGAGAACCUCGAUAUUCAGGUACUGCGAACCGUGUUGGGCAAGACCACCGUGGUCCCCGUCAUCAGCAAGGCCGACACGAUCACCACGGCACAUAUGUCGUAUCUGCGGAAGGCGGUUUGGGACAGCUUAAAGAAGGCCAACAUCGACCCCCUCGAGAUCCUCACCCUGGAGGACCAGGAGGAAGAAUAUACGUCUUCGGAGAGCGCUGAUGAGGAGGAAGAGACACCUGAGAACGCCGGGGAUGACCAGAAAGCGCCCGGCUCACCCUCCACAAAGAGCCAAGGGUCUGGAACACAAGCUCCCUCUCAGAUUUUGCCCUUCUCUAUCUUGUCCCCUGAUCCCCACUCCUUGGAGGCCGGUGAAGAACCCGUCGGUCGCAGAUUCCCCUGGGGAUUUGCGGACCCUUAUGACGCAGAGCACUGCGAUUUCGUCCGGCUCAAGGAGUCCGUCUUUAGCGACUGGCGUACCGAACUGCGCGAGGCCAGCCGGGUAGUCUGGUAUGAGCGAUGGAGGACAAGCCGCUUGAAUCGGAAGACCCCCAUCCCCAGUGCUGGGCCACCUAAGAAGCAGUAUGCUGGUAGAAUGGGCCCCCUUGACCAGGGGCCUCGAGUGCGAUAGUGGCCCUCUGACUCUGCUGAAUGCCGUAGGCGAAUCACGUGUCAUUCCAUGAUGUGGACUCCCAUACGGGCACCAGCCCUCUCUCUCC